AUGUCCGAGGAGCCGGCCUCCGGCCCCAAGGAGAGCCCGCCGGCACCGCGGACAGGCCCCCGCGAGGCGUGGAAGAAGGGCGGCCGCCUGCUGUCCGUGCUGCUGGCCGUGAACGUGCUGCUCCUCGCGUGCACGCUCAUCAGCGGCGGCGCCUUCAACAAGGUGGCGGUGUACGACACCGACGUGUUCGCGCUGCUCACCGCCAUGAUGCUGCUGGCGACUCUAUGGAUCCUGUUCUACCUCCUGCGCACCGUGCGCUGCCCCGACGCCGUCCCCUACCGGGAUAAGCACGCCGGCCCCAUCUGGCUCCGAGGUGGGCUGGUGCUGUUUGGGAUGUGCACUCUGGUCAUGGAUGUCUUCAAGACCGGCUACUACUCCAGUUUCUUUGAGUGCCAGUCGGCCAUCAAGAUCCUACACCCUCUCACCCAGGCCGUGUUUGUCAUCGUCCAGACUUACUUUCUCUGGGUCUCUGCUAAAGACUGUAUUCACAUCCACCUGGAUCUGACUCGGUGUGGCCUCAUGUUCACACUCACCACCAACCUGGCCAUCUGGAUGGCAGCCGUGGUGGAUGAAUCCGUGCACCAGGCACACUCCCACAGCAACGCCAGCCACUCCCGCCUCGCUCCUGACCCGGAGCGCGUGGCCAGCGGGCUUGGAGGAGACUGCCCCUGCGCCACGGCCAUCUGCCAGAUCUUCCAGCAGGGCUACUUCUACCUGUACCCCUUCAACAUCGAGUACAGCCUCUUCGCCUCCACCAUGCUCUACGUCAUGUGGAAGAACGUGGGCAGGCUGCUGGCCUCCUCUACCCGUGGCCACAGCCACACUCCAUCCCAGGUCGGCCUCUUCCGGGAGACAUUCUUUGCCGGCCCGAUCCUGGGCCUGAUGCUCCUUGUGGUGGGGCUGGCCGUCUUCAUCAUCUAUGAGGUCCAAGUGAGUGGAGAGGGGGGCCACAUGCAGCAGGCCCUGGUCAUCUACUACAGCUUCAACAUUGUGUGUCUGGGGCUCAUGACCUUGGUCAGCCUGAGCGGCUCGAUCAUCUACCGUUUUGACCGCCGGGCCAUGGAUCACCAUAAGAACCCCACGCGAACCCUGGACGUGGCCCUGCUGAUGGGUGCCGCCCUGGGCCAGUAUGCCAUCUCCUACUACUCUAUCGUGGCUGUGGUGGUGGGCAUGCCCAGGGACCUGCUCGGGGGGCUCAACCUGGCCCAUGCUCUGCUCAUGAUUGCCCAGCACACCUUCCAGAAUGUGUUCAUUAUCGAGAGCCUCCACCGGGGCCCGCCGGGGGCUGAGCCUCACAGAAGCCCUCCCAAGGAGCCCAGCCUCACCUUUGCCAACCUGGAUGCCCUCCACACCUUGCCCUCCUGUCCGCCCGCCCCUCGGCUGGUUGGACCCAGCCCCGCAGGCCCUCAGGAAGCAGUGGCCAUCAUCGUGACUUCCAGAGGCCACUGGAGAAGCCGGUGCCUGAAAGACAUUUCUCUGUUUCUUCUCUUAUGCAACAUCAUCCUGUGGAUCAUGCCCGCCUUCGGGGCCCGCCCUCACUUCAGCAACAAGGUGGAGGUGGACUUCUACGGCUAUUCCCUCUGGGCGGCCAUCGUCAACAUCUGCCUGCCUUUCGGCAUCUUCUACCGCAUGCACGCCGUCUCCAGCCUGCUGGAGGUCUACGUGCUGUCCUGA